AUGGCUACCCAAGUCACACCUUCGAAACAGGCGGCCUCAAGCCUUGAGAACCUCAAGAUGAAGGAUAGUCCUGUCAAGAAACUUGACUUCAACACCGAAGACAAGGAGAACAUGCCUGUCGCUCCUGAUUCCACCGUCAAACCGCAGCCAGAGACGGAGCAGAAGCCCCCCACCAAAGUCGAAGAGCCUGCUGAACCACCAAAGGUCGCGAAGACCCUCAAAGAGUUGGAAGCUGAGGAGCCUAUCCUUCAAGAGAACCCUCAUCGAUUUGUCCUGUUCCCCAUCAAGUAUCACGAGAUUUGGAAUACGUACAAACGCGCCGAGGCAUCCUUCUGGACAGCUGAAGAAGUGGACCUGUCCAAGGACCUUCACGACUGGCACAAUCGUCUCAAUGAUGACGAACGAUACUUCAUUUCCCACGUCCUUGCAUUUUUCGCUGCUUCCGACGGCAUUGUCAACGAAAACCUUCUCGAACGGUUCUCUGCUGAAGUCCAAAUCCCAGAGGCCCGUUGUUUCUAUGGAUUCCAGGUCAUGAUCGAAAACAUUCACUCAGAGAUGUACAGCUUGCUCAUCGACACCUACAUCAAAGAUCCCAAACAAAAGUCCUAUCUCUUUGACGCCAUUGAUACUAUCCCCUGCAUCCGCAAGAAGGCUGACUGGGCCUUGAAGUGGAUCUCAGACAAGGAGUCUAGCUUCGCCCAACGCCUCGUCGCAUUCUCUGCCGUCGAAGGCAUUUUCUUCUCCGGCUCAUUCGCCUCCAUCUUCUGGCUGAAGAGCAAAGGCAUGUAA